AUGCAUUUAAAGGAAAAAUCAUAUGAGCUUAAGAAACCCCAGCAAUGCUUGUUUACUAUCCAUGUGGUAACCUCUGGCCAGGCAGCAAGCCAUUCAUUACCCGUGCCGAUCAAGCACAGGAGUUGCGGCGGCAACUACUUCACCCAGCUGACUGCAAACGACAGAAGGAGGGAGAUGAUGAAUUCUGACAAUUUAACCUCCCAAAGCUUCCUCUCUGUGAUUCACAGCAACGCCAGCAAUUUAUUCUCAGGUCUCCAGUUUGUUCAGUCCUUCAAGCCUCUCAUCAUCCCUUGCUACUCGCUGGUGGUGUUUAUCGGUGUCAUUGGGAAUUACCUCCUCAUUUAUGUCAUCUGCAAGACCAAAAAAAUGCACAAUGUCACCAACUUUCUGGUAGGCAACCUGGCUUUCUCAGACAUGCUCAUGUGUGCAACCUGCGUGCCCCUGACGCUGGCUUAUGCCUUUGAGCCCAGAGGAUGGGUGUACGGGCGGUUUAUGUGCUACUUUGUUUUCCUGAUGCAACCCGUCACUGUGUUUGUGUCUGUCUUCACCUUGACUGUCAUAGCUGUGGAUAGGUAUUGUGCCAUGGUGUAUCCCUUCCGCAGGAGGCUCACCAUCCCUGUUUGUGCAUAUAUCCUGGCUGCUAUUUGGCUGCUGAGUUGCACCUUGGCUGCUCCAGCCUUGGUCCACACGUACCACGCAGAGUUCCCAGAACUGGACUUCUCCAUCUGUGAGGAGUUUUGGUUCCACAUGAAAAGAGAUCGCUUAGCUUACGCCUACAGCACUCUCAUCAUCACCUACGUGCUGCCUUUGGCUGUCAUCUCCCUGUCCUACCUGAGAAUCUCAGUCAAGCUGAAAAACCGUGUGGUCCCGGGCAACGUCACCCAGGGCCAAGCCGAGUGGGACCGAGCGAGGAGGAGAAAGACUUUUCGCUUGCUGGUCUUGGUGGUGGUAGCCUUUGGAGUCUGUUGGCUGCCUCUGCACAUCUUCAACAUGAUAAAGGACAUAGACAUCAGUUUGAUUGACAAGCAGUACUUCAACUUCAUCCAGCUGCUGUGCCACUGGUUUGCCAUGAUGUCUGCUUGUACCAAUGCCUUCCUCUACGCCUGGCUCCACGACAGCUUCAGGGGGGAGCUGAAAAAGAUGUUUUCCUGGAGAAAGAAGAAAAUUGGACCCACUACAAAUUGCAUUAUGGCCAGUGUGGUGCUGUAA